AUGGAGAGAGUGGAGGGACUUCUUUUUUAUGCCUCGGUAGAAGGAAAUGUAACCCAAUUGCAAAUAUUGCUUCAAGAAGAUCCAUUGAUUCUUGAUAGAGUUACUGUAAACCGUAGUGACAACAUGCCUCUACACGUGGCGUCAAUGCUUGGACAUUUCGACUUUGUCAACGAGAUCCUAAGUCGAAAGCCGCAGCUUGCCAGAGAGUCCGAUUCACAAAGACGCUUGCCCCUUCAUAUAGCAUCUGCAAAGGGGCACGUGGAAAUAGUUAAGGCGUUGUUAUCGGCUCACCCUGAGACGUGCCUUGCACGUGAUCAAGUGAAUGCAUCAAACACAAAUGGGGAAACAUCUAUGGAUAUAUUGGCUCAAGGUCCAAAAAAUGUGAAAGAUCGACAAAUCAUACGAUCCCUAACACGAGCAGACGCUGUUGAGCCAAAAACAGAAGGUUUGAUAGAAAAAAUUCCUCAAAAAUGGAUAAGCAAAAUGAGUUCAGAUUAUAAGAAACUGUUCCCGCCUAUUAGCCAAAAGAAUAGAGAAGACUGGUUGGACAAGAAGGGAAACGUUUUGAUGGUUGUGGCAUCAUUCAUAGCAACCAUGGCUUUUCAAGUAGGUACUAAUCCUCCGAGUGGUGUUUGGCAAGAAGACAAGCUUGACGCAAUUCCACCCGAAUACGCUGGGUAUGCUGUCAUGGCAAACAAUCAUCCAGUUUUACACCAUAUCUUUCUGAUUAGCAACACGGUGGGCUUUGUUUCGACUCUUAGCAUCAUCUUGUUGCUUAUUAGUGGAUUGCCUUUCUUGAAGCAUCGUGGUUACACAUGGAUUAUGAUGGUUAUCAUGUGGAUUGCUACCACGUCCAUGUCAAUCACUUAUUAUGUUUCCAUAACGGUUACAACACCAGUACAUAAGGCUGAGACAAUUAGACCUCUGUCAAUUAUCAUUGUGUUCGUGUGGAUAGGGUUGAUGACUCUUGUGGUUGGGGGACACAUCCUUCGGCUGAUGGCAAUUACAAAAGAAGAUCAGAAAGCUUAGCAACUGUUAAGUCUAAUCGUCAUAAACGAUGUUCAAAUUUAUCUAUGGUAUAAAAUAUUUAGCCGUUCAUGUCUUAAAUUUGUGUGUAUUUCCUCACAAGAGGAAAAAACCUUUGUUAUUGAUGGUUAUUUCAGCAUGCAGUGAUUAAAUAAGAACAAACUGAAUUCUGUCA